AUGGCAACUGGCGACGGCGGAGCAUACAGCUAUUCGUUGACCGUCUUCUCUCCAAGCGGCAAGCUCGUCCAGAUCGAACACGCCCUCGCCCGUGUAUCCCAGGGUACAACAAGUCUCGGUAUCAAAGCGACAAAUGGAAUCGUAAUCGCCACCGAGAAAAAGGCGUCGUCAAUAUUGAUGGACAUGUCAAUGAUUGAAAAGGUGUGCAUGAUCUGCCCAAACAUUGGCAUCGUCUACUCGGGUAUGGGCCCAGAUUAUCGCGUUCUGGUCUCGAAAGCGCGAAAGAGCGCACAAGCAUACUGGAAAAUCUACGGAGAGUAUCCACCGACUCGCGUUCUAGUACAGGAGCUCGCGACUGUUAUGCAACAGGCAACACAAUCUGGUGGUGUUCGACCAUACGGUGUCUCGCUCCUCGUCGCAGGCUGGGAUCCUAACCGGGGUGCGACACUCUACCAAGUCGAUCCUUCUGGUUCCUUUUGGGCAUGGAAAGCGAGUGCUAUCGGCAAGAACAUGAUCAACGCAAAGACGUUUUUGGAGAAGCGCUACAACGACGACAUUUCGCUCGAAGACGCGAUUCAUACUGCACUGUUGACGCUCAAAGAAGGAUUUGAGGGCCAAAUGACCGAAAAGACGAUUGAGCUCGGCAUCAUCACCGUCCCAAGCAAAGAGGAGCUACGAGAACUCGGUGGCGAGGCGGGUCUCAGCGUGCCAAAUGCUGGCACGGGUAGGCCAAAGCCGACGUUUAGAAAGCUCACAGAGGAAGAGGUCCGAGACUAUCUCGCCAUGUAA